UUCGCUCAGCCCCCCGGCAGCGGCAGCAGCAGCAGUGGCAGCAGUGGGAGCAGUGUGUGUGUGUGUGUGUGGUGUGUUGUGUCCUGCUCGCGUUGGGCUGAAAAGCGCUGAGGAAGAGGAGGAGAGAGGACCCUUCUUCUUCUUCUUCUUCUUUUUUUCCCUCCAUCAUUUCUGGAUCCAUCCGUUUUUCCUCCAGUGUGGAUAAUGCUUCAGCUCCAUUACUACACUCUACAAUUUUACUCUCUCUACUUCUGACAGUGCCCCCAAAAAACAACCUUUCUGGACAAAAUAAAGGAAAAUUCUAAGUGGACUCGGACAGGAGAGGCUCACGAUGGUCUGAGGAGAGCGCCUGGAGUGAUUGAUAUUUCAAAAAAACAGAAGAAAAAGAAAGCAGACGGAGCCGGUUCCUCUGGGAUGUUGGUUGAAUGUUAAAGAGAAGCAGCAGCAGCAGCAGCAGCAGCGGUGGUGGUGGCGGUUUGUAUGUGAGACGUUAAUGGGACGUCGAGGGCUCCGGGAGUGACUGAGCGUGAAAAAAGGGCGAAGCGAGAACAGAAGGAAGACGGACGUUUGUGAUGUGGACACAGUGAGGAGCUUCAGCGUCCACGUUCUCCGGAGAUUUACUCAAAACACUAAGACUUUCCCAGGAUUGUCUCUGGCCUGCGGCUGCCCGAGGACAGCCCCGUGUAGAGAGCUGCGGCCGGCGGAGAGAGUGGACACGCGGUGGACAGGAUGUGGGAGGGGCUAAGGCUGCAGGUGUUGUUGUUGUGUCUGGGGGCCGUGUUGUGGAGCUCCGCGGCGGUGGCCGGGUCCAGGGGCCCUCAGGAUCGGGGCCACAGGCACCACCACCCCUCCGUCUACAGGAACCGGGAGCGGCGUAAGGAGGGCCAGGUCCUGCACCGCUCCAAACGAGGCUGGGUGUGGAACCAGUUCUUCGUUAUCGAGGAAUACACAGGUCCCGACCCGGUGCUUGUAGGACGGCUUCAUUCAGAUGUGGACACGGGAGAUGGGAACAUCAAGUAUAUUCUCUCAGGAGAGGGAGCGGGCACUAUUUUUGUCAUCGAUGACAGAACGGGUAACAUCCACGCCACAAAGACGCUGGACCGCGAAGAGCAGGCCGAGUACACUCUCACGGCCCAAGCGGUGGCCAGAGACACCAAUAAACCUCUAGAGCCUCCUUCAGAGUUCAUAGUGAAGGUGCAGGACAUCAACGACAACCCUCCAGUGUUCCUCCACGGCCCCUACUACGCCAGCGUGGCCGAGAUGUCCAAUGUUGGGACGUCAGUGAUACAGGUCACAGCGACGGACGCCGACGACCCGACGUACGGAAACAGUGCCAAGCUGGUGUACAGCAUCCUGCAGGGUCAGCCCUACUUCUCCGUGGAGCCGCACUCAGGGAUUAUCCGCACAGCCCUGCCCAACAUGGACCGAGAAGCGAAGCAGGAGUAUGAUGUGGUCAUCCAGGCGAAGGACAUGGGGGGUCACAUGGGUGGUCUGUCCGGGACUGCACAGGUCAAAAUCACCCUGACCGACGUCAACGAUAACCCACCCAAAUUCGCACAAGGUGUGUAUGCCAUGUCGGUCUCGGAGGAUAAGGUCCCAGGAGAAGAAGUGGGCCGUCUGAAGGCCAAAGACCUGGACCAGGGCGAGAACGGGCUGGUGGAUUAUACAGUGCUAGAGGGAGACGGCAUGAACUACUUCGAAAUCAGCAAAGACUCUGAGACCCAGGAGGCCGUCAUCAAGCUGAAGAAGCCUGUGGACUUUGAAACCAAGCGCUCGUACACGCUGAAGGUCGAGGCCACUAAUCCGUACGUCGACCCGCGCUUCAUCAGCUGGGGGCCGUACAAAGACACCACGAUAGUGAAGAUCGCUGUGGAGGACGCAGACGAGCCGCCGAGCUUCAUGGCCUCCAGCUACACCUUUGAGGUAGAGGAGAAUGCUCCAGGGGGGACACUGGUGGGCCGCGUUCAUGCCAGGGACACGGACAUCGCCAACAACCCCAUCAGAUAUUUAAUCCCUCGCUACACAGACUUGGAGGAGUUCUUCACCAUCAGCCCCGAGGACGGCACUAUAAAGACCACAAGGCCUCUGGACCGCGAAAGUCAGGCUUGGCACAACAUCUCCGUCAGCGCUACGGAGAUCGGCGGACAUCACCAAGAUGCAAAGGUGCGCGUCAACAUCAAAGUGAAAGACGUAAACGACAACGCGCCGGAGUUCGCCACUCAGGAGGAAGUGCUAAUGUGUGAAAACGUCACCCCCGGCACUAUCAUAAAGACGGUGAGUGCAGUGGAUAAGGAUGAAAUGGCCCACCGCCAGCACUUCCACUUCAGCCUCGCCCCGAAGGUGGCAAACAACCUCAACUUCUCCCUGAAGGACAACAGAGACAGCACGGCCAACGUCAUGGUGAUCCGGAGGGGUUUCAGCAGGAUGACGCAGGACGUCUAUGAGCUCCCCAUAGAGAUCAAUGAUAACGGGGUUCCUCCAAUGAGCAGCACCAACACGCUGCUGAUCCGCGUGUGCAGCUGCGACAGCAAAGAAACCAUCCUGUCCUGCAACGUGGAGCCGUUCGUCCUGCCUGCUGGGCUCAGCACCGGGGCUCUGAUAGCCAUCCUCGCCUGCAUCGUCAUUCUGCUGGCGAUCGUGGUUCUGUUCGUGGCUCUGCGGCGGCAGAAGAAGGAGCCGCUGAUCGUGCUCGAGGAGGAGGACAUCCGCGAAAACAUCAUCACCUACGACGACGAGGGCGGCGGCGAGGAAGACACGGAGGCCUUCGACAUCGCCACCCUCCAGAACCCGGACGGCGCCAACGGCUUCCUGCCACGCAAGGACAUCAAGCCGGAGCUGCAGUACCCUCUGAGGCCCGGGCUGAGGCCGGUGGCUAACAGCGUCGACGUGGACGAUUUCAUCAAAACGAGGAUUUCCGACGCGGACAACGACCCGACCGCCCCACCGUACGACUCCAUUCAGGUCUACGGCUAUGAAGGCAGAGGCUCCAUCGCGGGUUCGCUCAGCUCUUUGGAAUCAGUCACUACGGAUUCUGACCUGGACUACGACUACCUCCAGAGCUGGGGGCCGCGCUUCAAAAAACUCGCCGACCUGUACGGCACCAAAGACUCGGCUGACGACAACUCCUAACGACCACUUUUUUGGGUUUUUAUUUUUUGUCGAUUCUUCUUACACCUCGCUCCCAUCACUUCCACUAACUAUGUGUACUGUGUGAGGUUUACUAUAAGUAUUCCACGAGUUCAUUUACUAUUUAUAGUAAACUUUUUAGGUCGUUUCGUUCGCUUGUUUCGAGUAUACGUGCCAGUAUACUGCAUAAACGGUAGGAGAUCGUUACGUGUAGGGUACGAUCGGAAGAUGAAGGCUAAGUGGGGGGAAAAAAUAAAACGUGAAAAAAAGAAAAAAUACAAAAAGAAAAUAAAAAAAAGACACACCUCUGUGGGAUGUACGGAAAUCCGAAGAAACGUGGUCAUUUGAGAACGAAAGAACGCAACGUAUUUCACUCUUUUCUUGUUCGUAAGGUGGGUCACAGGAAGACGUGGAAAUGCUGAUACUGUGAAUGAGCUCACAAUGGAGAAAAACAGUUGCCUUAUUAAUGAAAAAACACGAGAAAAAAUGUCAGCAAACUCAGACUUUGUCCCUUCUGUAGCGCCUCCUACUGGCCGUCGGAGGAUCUGCCUAAACAGGACGUCUUCUUCUUCUUUUAUUUUUCAUUUUUGUUCUUCUUUUUUUUAAUAAAAAUAGGCCCUGAAGUUGAAGGAUCCAACAAAGGCAAGACAAAAAAACAAACAAACAAACAAACAAAUAACAAAAAAAAAAAUACAAACCCACCUUCAGGCCAACACCACCAAUGAACCACAACAAAGAAAGACACGUGAGCUCAAAAAAUCGCCUUAAAAUCACGGACACUCUCGCAAACGCAGUGCAUUUUUCUUUUUUUUUUUUUGUAACUUGAAAACUAUAUCCUAAAGCAAGAUAAAAUCCAUAUAACGUAUGUACAGUACAAACGUGCAGAUAUGUCUCUUGAGGAUCAAACUUGCGCCUAUCGGUUCAUGUAAAAUCUCCUCUUUUUUUUAUUAUGAUGAUAUAAUUAUUACGAUUAUCAUUAUUUUCAAUCUCUUCAUUUCUUCAUUUUCUUUAAUGGCGUAUAUUAUUAUUCUCCCCUGUGAGAAAAUAGCAAUCUGUCCUGUCGCAGUGAGAAACAGCUAAUUUCUAUGUCAAUUUUAUGGUAACUAUUUGUACAAUUUUAAAAGUUCUUAUUUUAGUAUACAUACAAAUAUCAGUAUUUCAACAUGUACGAAACUGUUACAGCAUCACACUUAUAUUUUAUGAACAUUGUACUGUUGCUUUAUUAUGUGCUUCAAUCUAAGAAGCGGAAAACUUUGAAAUAAAUGCUCUUUUUAUAAAAUAA